AUGAAUUCUUCAUCAGAUACCGUAUCUGAUCUACGUUUAGUGGCAUUCAAACGUAUUAUGGAAGGCUAUUUAUUAUGUAUUGUAUGCAUAUGUGGCUUAUUAGGUAAUGCAUUAACUUGUGUUAUUUUAUCAAGUCGUUUUAUGCGUACAUCAAUAACAAAUAUUUAUAUAUUUGCAUUAUCAUGUGCAUCAUCAUGUGUUUUAAUUGGUUUCCUAUUAACACAUGGUAUUCGUUCGACAUUUCAAGCUGAAAAUUUUUAUCUUUAUAUAUUUACAAAAGUUUUUCCAAUACAUGUAACAUGUUUAUUAAUUCAAAUUUAUUUAACAGCAACAGUUGCUGUUGAUCGAUUUAUUCUUAUUUGUUUACCAUUUCGUGGACGAAAAUGGCGUAGUCCAAAACGAGCAGUAUUUGUUGUUAUAUGCGUGACUUUAUUUUGUAUAUUAUAUUGUGUACCAUUUUGGUUUGAAUAUGAACUAAGUAUAACAAAUAAUGAAACAACUAUAUCAGUAUCAAAUUUUGGUUCAAAUAAAUUAUUUCGUUUAUUAAUGCGUAAAUAUCUUUAUUUUAUUUUUGUUUUUCUUAUACCAUUAACAAUAAUAUUAAUAUGUAAAAUAUCAAUUAUUUACAAAUUAUAUGCAAUACGAAAACGUAAACGUUUAUUAGGUACAUCAAUGAAACGAAAUCGUUCAUCAAAUGCUAUAAAUUUCUUGCUUUUAUCUAUUGUAUUUAUAUUUUUAUUAACACAAUUACCAUACUUUGUAUUUAAUGUUCUUUAUUCAUGGUUAGGACCUAGUAUAAUGGCUAAUUUACUUGCAAGACAAUAUUUAUCUAUUAAUAAUCUUUUAUCAGUUGUAAAUGCAUCAUCAACAUUUAUUCUUUAUGCAUUUUUUGAUAGAAAAUUUCGGCAAGUUGGACAAUAUUUUCUUUUUUGUCGACCAUUACCAGCAAAUUUUGAUGCACAUACGGGAACACGAAAAAUAAAAUCUAGUGUUAUGUUACCAAAUUCAAGAUCAAUUAAUUCACCUCAUCGAUUUAGAGAACAUGUGAAACGUAAUAACUUAGAUUUAACAAAAGAAAAAUUAAUUUCAAUAAAUCACACACCUCCGAUAGUUCAAGAAGAAAAAUAUAAUUAA